AUGCAGGUGUCAGCCCGGCUGCCCGGGCUCCAGGCCUGGCCCUUCCGCUUCGCUGCAGAGCAGGCAUACCAACCCCCAAAGAAACCCCAGACCUACCAGCAGUUCAUCCUAACCCAUCGCACCCACUCAUCGUACCUUGCCCUGUUCCCCCAAGGGUUCUGCCAGCCGGACCCUUCGGACGAUGAAGACUCCGUCCGAAGCCCCACCUUCCGCCCGGAGCUGGUCAUCGCUCACUGCUUCCAGCAGUUCACGCGGAAGGACUUCCGCCUGCCCCGCAGCCGCCGGCGCAUCAUCGUCCUGCCUCCCCAGCGCGGCCAGGAGCCCCGCGGCCCCGGCGCCCGGCCCCCGGCUCCCCCGCAGCCCCUCCCCAGCUACAACGCCUCGGAGCCUGAGGCUCUCCAAGAGCAGCCGCUGGACAGGGAGACCUGGCUCAGCCAGAGGCUGAGGCUGCGGAAACAGCUGGAGUCGCUGGGCAACGUGAGGCGGUGGCUCAACAACAAGGCGGACAUCACGCCGUCGGAGAGCAAGAUCCUACAGGACAUCCAGGACCAGCAUGGCGCGCGGGCGAUGAGGCACCCGAGCGUCCUCAGGACCGCCAUGAAAAGACCGCGAGCGGUGCGCCACCCUCUGCCCCAGCUCCGGCUGCCCAAGCCUGGCUCCCUGGCAGUCGUGUAUUCCUUCCUGUGCAAUCACAAGAUCAAGAUCAUGGAUCUGUUUGAGCAGGCGAACCGUGGCGAGGGCCAGAAGAUCUCCAGGGAGGAGUUCAUUAUGACGCUGAAGGCGAUUGGCAUCCCCCUGAAGAAUCAGGAGCUGGAAGACUUGUUCAUCUACCUCAGUUCUCUCGGGAAACAGAAUGCCAUCACCAUAGACAUCUUGAACAACACCUACAAGCAGUGGUCUACAAGCCAGCCAAGGAGCUUCAGCCCCCAGGGUGCAUCUUACGUCCAACCUAAGUGCAAAGCUCCCCUAAAGAGCUCACUCAAGAAGCCCAGGACGGACUCGGCCCGAGGGCCCCCCAAGAUGGACCUGCUGCAGGUGCCCAAGAUCGACACAGGGCCGGAGUUCCGGCCCUUGACGCUGGAGGAGAUGGAGGACGUGGGCAAACGCUACCGCGAGCGGAGGCGGCGCUGCAAGGUCCCCAUCCCCUCCAUCCAGUACUCGGAGUGCUGCCGCCUGGUGCGCUGCGGGAAGAGGCCCUUUGACGAGCACUGCCUGCCGUCCACCGUGGCCGGGGACAUGAAGGAGCUCAUCAACCAGGCCCGCAGGGACGCCUUCCUCGUCUACCUGGAGUGCUGGAAGGAGUGCGAGGCCUACGGCAUCCCCCUGACGGAGGACGUCCUCAUGAGAGCACUGCUGUACCCCGGAGACAAGAUCGUGUACCAGGAGGAGCAAGUGAUCCCCAUCCGGCAGCCCGGAGGGUACUACCAGGACUGGCUCCUCUUCCCUCUGAGCCUGGCUGUGCGCAGGGCCCAGGGCCUCCUCAAACCCGCGGCUAAGAAGAUCGACAAGAAAACACCAAAGAAAAUGAAGAAGAUGGACUUCAAAGAGUUUGAAGACUUUGCCGGGAAAUUAAAGAAGAGUCCCCGUGCUGCUCAGCACACCCACCCCAAUUUCUUCUGGCCCGGCCAUCUGCUCGAUAAGCUUCGGCUCUACCUGCCCGCGGUGGCCGGGGACGGAAAGCUGGCCAUCUUCAGCUGUGUCCAAGAGAAGAGGCACGCCUACCCCGCCACCUACCACCCCAACCGCUCGUGGCCGCUGGGGGACAGGAACUAUGUCACCUACGCUAAUUACGACACGACCAAGGUGUAUUCCAUCACCUAA